ACUAACUCGAUAGAGCCUGGUAUCCUCGGGCCAGAUAUUUCAGCCACACAUUCAACCAGUGAAAUAUAUUUAUUAUCGUGUUGAUAUCUAUUUCUAGGAAUCUAUGCAAGAAUAUUCUCUUACUUUCCUCUUCGCUCGUUUUGUCGGUGUUCAUAUGGACUUAAUACCAGUGUAUAACCAGUUCAAAUAGUUAGACUUCAUAUUAAAUAAACUGGCUUGUUUGACAAAAAACGUGUUUGUUUUUGUAGAAAGCGUAUUCUGUUUUUAGCGACAAGAACAGUGAACCAUGGGUAGCAGAGCAUCAUUUCCAGUCGUGCCAAUUUCCAGUGAUCGAGUCUUCAUAGUGACGGGAGCAAAUACAGGAAUUGGGUAUGAGAUCGCUAAAUGGUGCGCCAUGAUGGGAGCUACUGUGAUCCUAGCUUGCCGGUCAGAGGAUCGAGCCAGAAAAGCAAUGAAGACUAUGCAAGAGGAGUUUGAAACUGAAAAAGCGAAAGGAACUAAGGGUUUAACUGAAAGUCCGAAUCUUGCAAUUGAAUUCAUGCAACUAGACCUUGCAUCGUUUCAAUCAGUGCUAGAGUUUUGUGAAGAAUUUAAGAAAAGUGGUCGUCAGCUUCAUGUGAUGUUUUGUAAUGCUGGUCUUGGAUUUGGUCCAUAUAAACAAAGUGGGGACGGACUUGAAAUGAUGUUGCAGGUGAAUUACCUAAGUCAUUUCAUCACAAUUGCAAAAUUCCUAUCAAUAAUGCGACAGUCUGGACCUGAUUGUCGUAUAAUACUCAUGUCCAGUAAAGCUCACGAGUUUGGGAAUUUUGACGUCACAACAAUGAAUUACACCGGCACUGCCAACAAGUUUCCUGGUUUGGAUUACUACGGACGAUCAAAGCUUUACCAAAUCAUGCAAACAUUUGCAAUGUCACGGCGACUUAAAGAUUCGAACAUUACGAUAAACUGCAUGCAUCCAGGAGUUGUUGAAACGGAGUUGUGGCGUGAGAUGGACUCAUGUAUUGUAAAAUGUCUUAUAGGAUUCUCUCGUAAGUGUGGUACUCUGAGAACAUCCUUAGAAGGGGCAACUACAGGCAUUGACCUAGCUACCAACCCUAAACAUACAGGGGUGUCGGGACAUUAUUGGAUAGACUGUAAAAUCGUUACGUCAACAAGGACGUCACGUAAUGAAGGGAAACAGGAGACAUUGUGGAAUGCAACGUUUCCCUUUAUAGAACAGUAUCUUACAGAAACGGAAAUUGCUGAACUGGAACGAAAGUGAUUUUCCCUAAUGGAAUAAUUUCCUAUCAACUAUUUCGUGGUUUUCAAUAAUAAGUUGAAAUAGAAUGAUAUACUACAUCAAACUAAAUUCAAUGUUUUCGGUGAUUUAUUUUGCAAACACAUACAAAAAUUCUUUUGAACAAUUUCUAUCUUAGUGAAAAACUGCCGAAAUUGUGAUAAAUUGCAUGGACAUAAAAUUAUUCGACCCUAAAUAUUAUGAUGCUAAAACAAAUCUAUAAAUAAUAAAGGAUAUUUGUAAGCUCUCAGAUGUCCUGACGUUAAGGAAAUACGAGCGUUUUUUCUUCAGGAUAUCCACCAUUUCUAAAACAAUUUUCUUCCAAUAUUUCUUUCAAAAAGUAUGACAUAAAUGAAUGCUAAAUAAUUAGAAUAUGGCUAAUAAUGUACCAUUUAACCAAAAAAUUCAACUUGUUGCACAAAAAUUUCCCCUUUGUUUUGGCUGGCGUUUGCCUAAAAUUGAUGUAAGAUGUCGGCGGGGUAGGGUCGGUAAUUUCAAAUAAAUCAGGUUUGGUUCUGAUAUUUUUCUGACUGAUAUAUAUAAUGUUUUAUUAUCUAGGAAGUACAAAUUAAACAAAAAGAAUUAAAAAUAUCACAAUUCACCAGUUUUUAUUUUUUUCUGAAUAUAUCUCUUAGAUACACAGUGACUCGAACUUUUUUCUAUUCAUUUUGAAGCAUUUUUGUGUAUCAUUAAAGCAGCAAAAUAUUUUAAAAAUCUUAACAGCAGAUUUUAUUUGUACUAAACACGUUUAUUUCAUUGAAAAAUAAAACCCAUAAAACUGGGUAUGGAAAUUAUGCCAAGGUAAAAAUGAAAGAGAUUUGUCAGUGACAUUUAUGCUUAUCUAAUACUGAUAUCACCUUGUAUUCAUAGUAACAUGUAAAACUAGAAAUCCCUAUAACAUUAGGUGGAAUAUUAUUAUGUUUUAUAAAGUAUCUCCAUAUUUUCAAUUUUACUUAUUUCAGAAAUGCUGAAAAGGUGGGUGAAGAAAAUGUCUUUUAAAAUAAAAAAGAAUGUGGUGACCUGCGCUUUUUUGUCUUAGAAACUAAAAGUGUUCUUCAAGCCCACAGAGUAUGAAAAAAAUCUUAACUGUAGAAAACAUUUCAUCUUACAUCCUUAAGAGUGACGUUGUGUGAGCAAAAUUGCUCAAAUCGUUUUCAAGCAUUUGAGAAAUUAUGAAGUAAAAAGAAAAUGUUUGGUUUUUACAUUUAAGAUUUGAGUGUUUACGACUUAAAAUUUUAAGAUUUAAGAUAAUAAAGAUAAAAAAUAGCCAUCAAUUAAACACCAGAUGUUACAUUCUGGCUUGUGGCCACGUUACAUAAUUAUGAAUAAAAGCUGUUAUUUUGUUUUUCUGUAAUUUCUUGUAGAUAGUAUGCAAUCAGUUCUCAUUUGACAAGACCGGCAACCGUUGUACAAUUGUUGGAAUGGUAAAUUAGAAAAUCAUCCAAAAAAAUUGUAUAAUUUGUCAUAAUUUAUAUAUUCGUACAUGCGAAUAUUAGAUAUGUAUGCAUAAACAGAGAGUUUUUGGACUAGUUUUCAUGAAGAUUGACGCUAUCAAUGGUGGCCAGGGAAGAUAAGUUUCCAAGUAAAUUCAAAAUGGGAGUCAUGUAAUAGAGAUUUAUUCCUCACUUUAUAUCAUAUAUCAGAUACAGUUGUAUGAGUAUUAAACUGUCGUAUAAUAUUCUUUAGCAGUUACGUAAAACUUUAUUAACUUGUAAAUUAUUCAUGUUUAUGAAAAAUUACAUACAUCAUAAUUGACUAGCAUGUAAAUAAUAUUAACUGAUGUUUAUAUAUAAUAUUGAGAUCUACUAGUAUGUUGUUAUUCACGACUUAUAUAAUUAUGCUAUGACAAUGAUAUGUAGUUUUUUGCCAGUCAAGUGUGUAUGAUAUGUUGUUUCUCCCAGUAAAGUGUGGUUUUCAACCUCUUCCCCCGUACCCCUUUUUACCCCUUACCACUUCCUCCCCCAUGUAUAUUUUGCAUAAUUUGAAAUGUACUUGUUGGAUUUUUGAAGCAACCCGUCUGUAAUAUUUUUCCGUUACAGCUU